AUGGCUGACUUGGGUGAAAGACGAGCCUCAGGCCGCUCCAGAUCCAGGAGUGCUGCUUUCACCCAGACGGCUGGUCAGGAGGUUGUGAGACGCGGCUCUGGUGAUGGCGCUCAGGAACCGCUGGCAAACCCAAACCUGCCACUGAGCCAAGAGCUGCCUGGAUAUAUUGCACCUCUGCCUUCCGAGUUGGCCGAAUCUGUUUCCACAGAUCAGCCUCACAGGAAGAGGAAGUGGCAGAGCGGCAGCCAGGGCGAUGAACAUCCAUCCACCUCUUACAGAAGAGCAGCCAAACGCUCCCGCAGAGAAGGGUAUGCGAAGGGCCCAUUGCUGGGGCGAGGUGGAUUUGGCUCUGUGUAUGCUGGGACCCGCAGGUCUGAUGGACUGCCAGUUGCCAUCAAGUACGUGUCUAAAAGCAGGACACGAGGGAGACUGAGAGUUGAAGGCCAUGGUCGGCUGCCGCUGGAGGUGGCACUGAUGACCCUGGUCAAUUCAGCUCCCGCCUGCCCCAACGUCCUGCAGCUGCUGGAGUGGUUUGACCGUCCCGGGCGCUACAUCAUGAUCCUGGAGCGUCCAGUUCCUUGCCAGGAUCUGGAGACUUUCUGUGAGGAGAACGGACGUCUGGACGAGAGCCUGGCGAAGAAAGUCCUGCUGCAGCUGAUCACCGCGCUGAAACACUGUGAGAGCCGCGGAGUCCUGCACCGGGACGUCAAACCAGAGAACCUGCUGAUCUCCACAGAGUCACAUGACAUCAAACUUCUGGACUUCGGUUGUGGAGAUCGGCUUAAAGACUCGGCCUACAAAUACUUUGCAGGCACUCUUCAAUACGCCCCUCCUGAGUGGUUUCGGCGGCACCGCUAUCACGCAGGACCGGCUACGGUUUGGUCAGUGGGGGUGACGCUCUUCAACAUCCUGUGCGGCUGUUUCCCCUUCAGAGGAUCGUUGAGGGUCACCUCCAAAAGCAGACUGUGUUUCCCUAGAGAGCUGUCUACAGGCAAGAGACAGAAAUCACGUCCAGAUCCAGGUGAAGAGUGUUGUUUUGUGUUUCUGAAGACUGUGUUGUGUGUAACAGAGUGCCGUCAGUUGAUUCGCUGGUGCCUCAGUGCAGCGGCAGCAGAUCGGCCCAGUUUAGAUGACAUUGAGCGCCACCCCUGGUUACACUGAACAGGGUAAGCAGGAGUGACACAGGAGGUGCAGAGAACAGCUUCCUGAUCACCUACAGAAAGAGCAGAGGAUCAUGGACUAAUGGCCGCCACACAAUGAAGG